AUGGCAUGUUUUCGCCAAUUUUUAUUAGGGGUUUCACAUUCUUUGAUAGCCUUAUUUACUCUGCCUUGUAAGGUAUAUGGUGGCCAAAAGCAAAUGCAUAAAUUCGGGUUACAAUGUAAACCUCCACAAAAUCUUCAACAAGGACGUGUCUUAGGAUUGAGAGUCGAAAGAAAUAAAAAUGGGGAACUGAUAACGAAACGAGACAAUGUGGUACAAUUUGAACUUUUAAAUGCAGUCACACGAUCGCAGCUUUUUAGCAAGUUAGGUAAACUCAUUGGAAAUUACCCAGUGGCAGGAAUUUUGCGUUUACAAGCUUCAUACAUCAAACUUUUAGCUGGAAAUAUACCUUGGUGUGAUUUUAUUUCAAAAGAUUAUAAAGAAAAACUGAAAGAUUUGCUUCAUUGUGUGGAAAAAGAAGAUCCGUUUGGUGGAAAAUGGUUGGUACCAGUGAAUGGAAAAGCUGAGCUUUAUUGUGAUGCAUCAUCCAUAGGACUUCGGGUAGUUCUGCUCAAUGGUGGAGUAAUUGCUGAAGACGCAGCAUGGCUACGACCAGCAAGUGACACACACCAUAUCAAUAUAAGUGAACUAGAUUCAAUACUUCGAGGACUAAACUCAGCUAGUAAGUGGGACAUAAAAGAGUUAACAGUAUACAGUGAUAGCAAGAGCACCGUAGGAUGGUUAAACGCAGUUUUAAAGGAAGAAUAUCGCGUAAAAACUCGUGGAAUUUCUCAGUUGUUAGUACAAAGACGGUUAAAUACGAUUAAGGAAGUGGCAAUAGGUACCCAGAUUGUAGUAGAAUGGAUUCCAUCCGAAAUAAAUUUGGCUGAUCGACUCUUACGAAUCCCUCAAAAAUGGUGCAGAACAUGUGUGCAGUUAUUACCUGAACAAAAAGACAUAUGGAAAAUUCAUUCGAUUGGUCACUUUGGUGUCGCUCAAACAUUACAACUUUGCUUGCGAAAUAACCAGUAUGUAUCACGUAAGGAGGUUUCAGCAGUAAUAGCAAAUUGUAACCAGUGCAACUCCAACGAUCCUUACCCCCUACAGUGGAAGAAUGGUCAACUAAGCGUAGAAAAAAAUUGGAAUCGGGUUACCAUUGACGUGACACAUGUAGGUGCUGAACUGUACUUAUCGAUGAUUGAUUGUGGUCCAUCACGAUAUACAAUAUGGCGUAAACUAAUAACUAAAACAGCUGCUGAAGUUGUUGGUAAAUUUGAAGAAAUAUUCUCUUUAUUUGGACCGCCAGUAUGUCUUCUAAUAGAAAACGAAUUUCGGCCCAACAUGUUAACAAGCUUUGCUGAAGAAUGA